AUGACGCGUGUUAACCGACCCACAGUGCCUCCGCUAGUCGAGCGGACCAACGCAUUAAGCAUUGGAGAAUUCAUCACCAAAUACAUGCCUCCUGCCACAGCAGGUGAUCAAACUCCAGAGAAUGCACCAGGUCAAGCUCCUCCAGGCUCAGGGCAGACAGAGCAGAUUAUAUCAACUGAAACGCCAUUGGACGUGUACUCCGCGGCAAGCAUCUCCCCUGAUGACCUAGAAGCCUGUCUAGACCUCAUCGAGCAGACAUCAGGCGAAGCCUACCGCGCCUCCAGCGGUGGCUGGUCCCGCCGCAAAAAGCGCAAGGAGAUGAAACUUCCCGAUAUGAAAUAUUUGAUUCUGCGGGGUGAUUCAAAUGACGAGGGGAAAGUAGAGGAUGCUACCGAUACACCCAAAGAGCGUGAGGAAACGGGACCGGUUCCUACGCCUCGGAAUCAAAACGUGCUUGGUUUCUUAUCGUUUAUGGUUACUUACGAAGAUGGCAAGGAAGUGGUCUACUGCUACGAGAUCCACCUUUCGCCGAGGGCCCGGGGGCGGGGCGUCGGGUCCGUUCUUAUGAAGCGCAUGGAGGAGAUCGGCCGGGCUGUCGGCUUGGAGAAGGCUAUGUUGACUGUUUUCAAGUCGAAUGUGCUGGCUUGUCGGUUUUAUGAGAGGCUUGGGUAUGAGAUUGAUGAGUACUCGCCCCGACCGCGGAGGUUGCGGAAUGGGACUGUUAAAGAUGUUGAUUAUAUGAUUCUGUCUAAGCGCUUGAGGGUAUGA